AGGCAUCAACAGAACGGUGUGGAAAACGGGGAGCAGAGAUGGAGAUGGAGGUGGGUGGGGCUUGGCAUGGCUGACGUCACCGGCUGUGUGGAGGAGUAUAGGCUGUGCUGUCAGCCCAGUGUCAGUCUGAUGAAGAUUGGCAUGCAGGCUUUGCAUGAAGAGGUGGACGCCGGAGCAGACAACAACUACAAAAGCUGCUGUGUUGCUGUGGGCAAACUAACUAUGACAGGCACCACUCAGCAGAGCGCCAAGACCCCACAGGUCCAUGUCCCAGCAGCCACUGCAGCAGGAAACACCUCUGUCAGUGUGACCCUUGACCCUCAGGCCCAGUUGGAGUCUGACAAGAGGGCAGUUUACAGACAUCCCUUGUUCCCCCUGCUGGCGUUGCUGUUUGAGAAGUGUGAGCAGGCCACGCAGGGCUCUGAAUGCAUCACGUCUGCCAGCUUUGAUGUGGACAUCGAAAACUUUGUGCACCAGCAGGAGCGAGAACACAAGCCCUUCUUCAGCGAGGACCCGGAGCUGGACAACUUGAUGGUAAAGGCCAUUCAAGUGUUAAGGAUUCACCUGCUGGAGUUGGAGAAGGUCAGUGAGCUCUGUAAGGAUUUCUGCAACCGUUACAUCACUUGCCUAAAGACCAAGAUGCACAGCGACAACCUCCUGCGCAAUGACCUGGGAGGACCCUACUCCCCGUCACACACCAGUCUCAGCAUGCAGCAGGAACUAAUUCAGACCUCCUCUCCAUCCAUGACCUCUGUCUCCAGCUCUGUUAACCCUUCAGGGAUUGUGGUGCCUGCUGGGGGCCUGCAACAGGGCAGCGUCACCAUGACGACUAUCAACUCUCAAGUAGUAUCGGGUGGGACCCUGUACCAGCCGGUUGCCAUGGUGACAUCGCAAGGGCAAGUGCUAACACAGGCGCUGGCUCCGGGAACCAUCCAGAUCCAGAACUCACAGGUAAACGUGGACCUGUCGUCCCUGUUGGACAGCGAUGACAAGAAGUCCAAGAACAAGAGGGGGGUCCUGCCCAAACAUGCCACCAACAUCAUGCGCUCCUGGCUCUUCCAGCAUCUCAUGCACCCGUAUCCCACAGAAGACGAGAAGAGGCAGAUAGCAGCACAAACAAGUCUCACCCUGCUACAAGUGAACAACUGGUUCAUUAAUGCACGUCGACGUAUCCUCCAGCCAAUGUUGGACGCCAGCAACCCAGACCCAGCUCCUAAAGCAAAGAAGAUGAAGUCACAGCACCGCCCCACACAGCGCUUCUGGCCCGACUCCAUCGUGGCUGGAGUUCUGCAGACGCACAGAUCUCAGACAGGAAACUCGGACAACCCACUGAGCCUGGACAGCCUCCAGUCACUGUCCUCGGACUCGGCCACCCUGGCCAUGCAGCAGGCCAUGCUGGGGGCCGACGACUCCAUAGACGGCACGGAGGAGGACGAGGAGGAGGAGGAGGAGGAGGAAGAGGAGGAGGGAAUGGAGGAGGAUGAGGAGGAGGAGGACGGAGAAGAGGAGGAAAGCCCCAGGGGGAGGCAACUGUCCAGCGGAGGAGGCGGAAGGCGAGAUCUGAGCCUGGAGCACAGAGAGGAACUGGAAGCCUUUUCCUCUUUUGUUAUCGUUGCGCAGGUGUUCAGAAUGUCCAUCGCACAGGCCGCAGCCAAGGCCAUGCUAUCUGAUGCCCUGCUGCAGGAGGGCUCAGGGAUAAAUCGCAUCAACCACCUGGAGCUGGAGCUUCCUCUGGACAAGGUCAUCAAGUUUGUGUCUGUGGGUCUUCCACUGAUGCUGGUGUGCAUGGCCUUCGCCCGAGAGAUAUCCCUGGGGCCUCAGAUCAGCUGCUUCCCUCCCAGCAAUUUCAGCAUCAAGCAGGGCGGCUACGUCGACGCCUACUGCUGGGACUCCCUCAUGCAUCACGAGUUCGACAGCGACGGCAACUUCCAAGAGCGCUCGCUCUGGGUUCAUAAAAUGUUCCCUUACUCUCUGCUGGCCAUGGCCACGCUCAUGUACCUGCCGGCGCUGAUCUGGCGUCAGCUCGUCAUGCCCACGCUCGGCUCAGACCUGCUCUUUGUCAUCGAAGAGCUGGACAAGUCGUACAACCGCUCGAUCCGCAUGGCCCAGAGCAUCCUGGACAUGCGGCAGAGCACCAAGAAUCCGCUCACCUUCCAGGCGGAACUGCAGAGGGCCAAGAGGAAGCGGUACUUUGAGUACCCUCUGCUGGAGAGGUACAUGCAGUGUAAACAAAGCUCCUACUUCCUUGUUAGCAUGCUGUUCCUGCGCGGCUUCCUGCUCCUGAUCUUCAUGAGCGCUGCUUGUCUCUACCUGGCCUACUUCCACCUGUCGGCCUUCCUGCAAGACGAGUUCAGCUGCUUCGUCCGCACCGGCGUGCUGCGGGAUCAGAACUGGGUUCCAGACUUGAUCCAGUGUAAAAUGAUCGGACAGUUGGUCUUUCAGGUGAUCAGCGUGGUCAAUGGCGCCAUCUACGUCCUGUUGGCUCCCAUCGUCCUCUUCAGCCUGAUUCGUCUGUUUGUUUGGGACACCACAUUCAUCUCUGUCUAUGACGUCCUGCCAGCUCUGGAUCUAAUCAACCGUCGCAGGCUGGGCUGCCCUCUGAACGACCUUAACGUCCUCCUGCUGUUCCUGCGCGCAAACGUGGCUCACUUGAAGUCGUACGGGAAGGUGAGGGCUUUGUGCUCACUGGCGCCCCCACAGGUGGGCAGUGCCACUGCAGGCCAGGGCUUAAACGCGAUGCUGAGCCAGGAGGAGAUGGAGGAGCGCGAAGAGGCUGCGAUGGAGCUAGCAGAGGAGGUGGAGGAGGCCAAGAAGGAAGGGAAGCUCAACUUAGUGGACAUCAUGACUAUUCUGGGAGCAGCACAGGGACGAGUGAUGAACUGCAGCGAGAAGAGGCCUCUGGUGGAGGAGAAUAUGAGUCUGGGUACCACAACACUUAUCUACACACUCAAACGCAUUCUGCUCGUAGCUAUUUUUGUCUACAUCAUUUGGGAUGUACAGAAGAUUAUUAAGUGACCUUCAAACUACAGACACCGUUGCAGAGAAUAAAAAGCAAGUGCUUUAAAUAGAAGAGAGAACAAAGCGUUCUCACUGAAUACAGAAUAAGGUCAUAUUAAAGUGGACCCAAGGACAUGAAACUGUAGGCAGUGAGUUUAAAAUGGUUUGGUGCUAAACACUUUAUCUGUAUUUAUUGCUUUUGUUUUUAUAUGUUUACACCUUGCAGAAUUGGCUACUAUUGGUUAAAGUACUGGCUAAUGCAGAAGGGAGAGAUCUGUGGUGCUGUCUGGCUCUAACUGCCCUCUCUGUCUCUUCACAGAGCCAAACCACCAGGGGUACCAUGAGUUGAAGGAGUCUGCACCAUUUAGUCAUUACUAGGCUUCCUACAGUACGGACUGAAUCAAUGUUACUGUGUCUGUACAGUAAAACGUACUGGACCUGCAAAAAUAUACAGCUAGUUAUUAAACAAUAUAUUAUUAAACACUAUAUAAAUAAAACAUCACUUACUUGGGGGUUGCAGGACAAACUGGAUGGAUUUUCAGUAGCUGCAUAUUUGUAGCAUCUUAAUAUUACAACAUUAUAUUGUAGUCUGGGUCCAGACGGGUUUCUGGAUCCUUAAUGGUCUGACUGUGUGUCGUACUUCAGGAAAAGGUGAUGGAGAAAUGCAGAGCUGGACCCUUUGGAGAUGCAGGUUGAACAAAGUGUCCUCGCGGUCCUCUGUGAUCUGAUUGUCCAGGAUGCAGUUUAAAAGCAGCAGUAAACUGGGUGCACUCCUCAACUGGGAUGACCUUAUACCAACAGCUAUAUGUUGAUUGAUUAACAAGGAUGAAACAAAGGAUCCAGUAAAAGUGUUAAUUAAGGAUUCCAGUGUCACUUUUUUAACUUGAUUUCAUAAACUUAAUGUAAACUUGUUUCAGUUUUUAUGUUUUUACUUUUUUGAAUAUUUUUCCUGCAUCUCCAUAAAAUGAGCUGACUUCUUUUUCCUUAUGAAAUCUACAGUCUGUUGUAUUUCAUUUCAAAUGAAUACAGAUUGUUUUGUAACAAAUUUUUGACUUCCAGUAAAUGCCACAGGAUUGUGCAGCUAUCUCAUUCAUUAAAAAAAUUCUAUUUUAUAAACACAAGCUUUGGUUGUACAGUAAUAUGUGUGAAGGGCAAAGGACCCGUCCGUGUGAGGACAGAGAGCCUCUCGUCUGCUCAGAGUCUUUAUUUUUAGCUCAGAGAGAGAGUAAGUGUUAUUUCUGUGCCCAGAAGUCAGACACUUGUCCUCAACAGAUAAACACUGAACGAGUAAAACACUCUCAUUAAGGUCAGAGUUAAAUACUUUAAAAGGCUUGUGUUGGUUGGUUGCUGUAUCCUGCUUUCAUCUAUGCUGCUGUUCAGCAUUUUGACACAGCUAAUACAUUACUUUGGAUCAGGUUUUAGUUCUGGUGAGUCUCAAAUGAAAACUUACAGUGUCAUGUAUUCUAAAUUAAAUCAACAUAACUUCAUGAA